GCGAGCGCGGUGGCUCUCAUCUCACACUCAGAUUUCCAUCACUAUGGCCAAGAAGCAAGCUAAGCCCGUGCCCGUCGCUGCCAGCAGCAGCUCGGACUCGUCGUCGUCCUCGUCGGAGGAUGAGGCCCCGAAGAAGGCCGCCCCGGCCAAGAAGGCCCCGGUGAAGAAGGCCGCUUCGUCGUCGUCCGAGUCGGAAUCGUCCUCGGAGGAUGAGGCCCCCAAGAAGAAGGCCGCCCCGGUCAAGAAGUCGCCGGUCAAGAAGGCCGCGCCUGCCAAGAAGGCCGACUCGUCGUCGUCGGACUCGUCGUCGGACUCGGAAGACGAGGCCCCGAAGAAGGCCGCCCCGGUCAAGAAGUCGCCGGUCAAGAAGGCCGCGCCCGCCAAGAAGGCCGAGUCGUCGUCGGACUCGAGCUCGAGCUCGGAGGAUGAGGCCCCGGCCAAGAAGGCCGCGCCCGCCAAGAAGGCCGCGGCUGCCAAGAAGGCUGAGUCGUCGUCGGACUCGUCGUCGGAGGAUGAGGCCCCGGCCAAGAAGGCCGCGCCCGCCAAGAAGGCCGAGUCGUCGUCGGAUUCGUCGUCGGACUCGUCCUCGGAUGAGGAAGAGACCCCGGUCAUCAAGAAGCGCAAGGCCUCGGAGUCCUCGGAGCAGCCCGCCAAGGUCCAGAAGGCCGCGGACGGCUCGGCCAAGGCGGUCGAUGCCGGCUGCGCCGAGAUCUUCAUCGCCGGCCUCCCGUGGGUCGUCGACGAGAGCGAACUCCGCGCCAUCUUCGAAACCUCGGGCACGAUCACGGCCAUCCGCUUCCCGAUGGCUGCCGAUGGCCGCUCGACCGGUACGGCUUUCAUCACGUACAGCAACGCUGACGAAGCCGCUGCUGCCCUCGCCCACGACGGCGCCGACUUCGGCGGCCGCUGGAUGAAGGUCCGCUCGGCCGAGAAGAAGAACCAGCUCGAGGAGAAGCCCGAGGGCUGCGUGUCGGUGUUCGUCGGCAACCUCAGCUGGAACAUUGACGAAGACACGAUGUACGCCACCUUCCAGCACUGCGGCCCCAUCGCGCAUGUCCGUCUCGCCACGGACCGCGAGACCGGCGACUUCCGCGGUUUCGGCCACGUCGACUUCGAGACGACGGAAGCCGUCGAUGAGGCUGUCAAGCUCGGCGGUACGGACGUCCUCGGCCGUGCGAUCCGCGUCAACUACGCUGCCCCCAAGCCCGAGCGCUCGUUCGGCGGCGGCAACGGCGGUGGCCGUGGCGGUGGCUUCGGCGGCCGUGGUGGCCGUGGUGAUGGUGGCCGUGGCGGUGGCCGUGGUUUCGGCGGCCGUGGUGGUCGUGACGGUGGUCGCGGCGGCCGUGGCGGUGGCUUUGGCGGCCGUGGCGGCCGUGGUGCCGGCGGUCCCCCCAAGCGCCAGUCGUCGUCGAUCCAGAACUUCCAGGGCCAGAAGAAGACUUUCGACUAG